CCAAAGGCACCAGCAUCUGGGCUGCGUUCUGCGGCCUCCACCUGCUGGAGGAGGGGCCGGGGCGGAGCUAAGAUGCGGAGGGAGGUGACGCACCGGCGACACACAUCGCCCCGCUCCCCGCCCGACCCCCAGCCAGGCCCAGACCGCAGCAGGCUCCUUCGGCCCUCGGUUAAAAAUGGUUUCCAGGAUGGUCUCCACCAUGCUAUCUGGCUUAGUGUUUUGGUUGACGUUUGGAUGGACUCCAACAUCUGCUUAUAGCCCGAGGACCCCUGACCGGGUCUCCGAAACAGAUAUCCAGAGGCUGCUCCAUGGCGUUAUGGAGCAGCUGGGCAUUGCCAGGCCGCGGGUAGAGUAUCCAGCUCACCAGGCCAUGAAUCUCGUGGGCCCACAGAGCAUCGAAGGGGGAGCUCAUGAAGGCCUGCAACACUUGGGUCCUUUUGGCAACAUCCCAAACAUCGUGGCAGAGUUGACUGGUGACAACAUUCCCAAGGACUUCAGUGAAGAUCAGGGCUACCCAGACCCUCCAAAUCCCUGUCCUGUUGGAAAAACAGUAGAUGACGGAUGUCUAGAAAACACCCCUGACACAGCAGAGUUCAGUCGAGAAUUCCAGUUGCACCAGCAUCUUUAUGAUCCAGAACAUGACUACCCAGGCCUGGGCAAGUGGAACAAGAAACUCCUUUACGAGAAGAUGAAGGGAGGACAGAGACGAAAGCGGAGGAGCAUCAACCCAUAUCUGCAAGGACAGAGACUGGACAACGUUGUCGCAAAGAAGUCGGUCCCUCAUUUUUCAGAGGAGGAUAAGGACCCAGAGUAAAGUGAAGAUGCUGGGUGGGCACCCACACCACCUGUUAGUUCUUGGCUUACGUGCAUGUGUUAUUAGUGUCCCCGUGAAUGGCAGCAUGUUCCUCAUUUAGACAAAUAUGGAGGAAAAGCAGCUUUAUCUCGAUAUUGUUAUUGUCUUUCACAGAGAUAAUCUCUGCUUUCUGCUAAAUUAGAAUACAAGAUUUUUUUUUUUUAAAUGCGAAUCUGCAAUGACCGUUAAAAAUAAAGUGUAUAUGUCAACAAUAGUAAAAAGCAAGCCUAUGAAUAAAAUGUUCUCAGAUUUCUUGUAGUUUAGAAUGGUGCUUUGGGCUGCACUGUUUGGGCCAUGUCUGUAAAAAGCUGGCAUUUGGUUUUGAUGAUGAUGUUCAUCAACGCCCAGCCCUGGGCAUUGUAAUACACCAAUAAAGAAGAUUGUAUUUGA